ACAACAGAAGCAGUCGUAGACUUUUUAGCGAUACGCCAUCGCAUCGUAUUGUAACAUUGCUAAAUGGUGCACGCGUUCGCGGUAAACUCCAAACGAGUAUCGGAAAGCGUGAAAUGUAUUUCUAUAAAUCACUACGUUAUGCUGAAGUUUUCCAUCGAUUUGGUCUAGCCGAAAUGGCACGACCAUGGUUGGGUAUUUAUGAUGCGACAUUCAGUCGUGGUGGUUGUCCACAAGGCUUCCCGUUCAUAUCGAGAAUUGAAGAUUGUCUGCACCUGAAUAUCUGGCAACCAGUUGAUGAUGUUGAUAAAUUGAAACCAGUUAUUGUAUAUUUUUAUGGCGGUGGAUUUCAUAUAGCAAAUAUUAAUGUUAUUCGUACAACUAUUUUCGAUGGCAGUCAUAUGGCUGAUACGGGUGAUAUGAUAGUUGUCACUGUCCAAUAUCGUCUUGGCGCAUUCGGUUUUCUUUAUGCGGGUACCGAUCGUGCACCAGGCAACCAAGGUAUUCAUGAUUUGAUUGUAUCUUUACGUUGGAUUCAGGAGAAUAUUGAACGUUUUGGCGGUGAUCCGCGCAAUGUAACCGUAUUUGGUCAAUCGGCCGGUUCGAUGAGUCUUUCUACAAUGAUAAUAUCACCAUUAGCCAAAGGGCUCUUUCAACGAGCAAUUAUGAGAUCCGGUUCAGUUAAAAGAAUGAAAUGCCCAACCGAUAAUAUGGAUGGAAUGGUGGAUUGUUUGCAAAACAAAACCGUUGAAGAAUUAACAUUCAAAACAUUAUCAAUUGAUUUGCCAUCGAUAUUCGAAGGGAAAAAAAUGUUCAUUAUGUUUGGCGAUAAAGCGGGUAUUCUGCCAGAUCGACCAAGCAAAAUGCUGGCUGAAGGAAUCUACAAUGCAGUUGAUUUGAUAAGUGGUUUUUCCUAUGGCGAACUGGGAACAAUAACAGCAUAUAUUCUGCCGGAGCUUAUAAAUGGUUAUCGUCAAUUUAGCUUUGAUGAUGUUCAAAGAUUAUUUCUUAAAAUAUUAAAGGAAUUACAAGUGCCACCUGAUUUGAUUGAACCUGUAUUUGAUUUUUAUACGAAAAAUCUUCGUGAAUAUCCAUCGAAUCAAGAAUUACGACGUGCACUGGUUGAUUUAGUAUCGGAUGGUGUAAUUAGUUGUCCCACAUAUCUAUUCACUCUGAAAUAUGCUUUAAUGUUAGCCCGAAAUGAAUCGAAUGUGAAUAAUGUUUAUUCGUAUCGUUUCGACCAUUUUUCGCCGUAUAUGAUGCUUGCAUUAUGUUUUCAUUGGAUGGGUCCUUGUCAUGCAGUUGAUGUACCAAUCAUGAUUGGCUGGGCUGCAGAUCCCUCAUUAUAUCAGAUUUUAUUCAAGAACAGUGAUAGAAAAAUAAGCAAACAAAUGAUGAAAGUGUGGACCAAUUUCGCCAAAUAUGGUCAACCGGGCAAUUAUUUGGAUGGAUUGGAGUGGCCACAAUUUCGAUCGUUAGGGAGACGGUUGGGUAAUAAUAAAACUGUUAUGGCAUGGAAACAAAUGAUUAUCGAACAACCAUAUCGUAUAACAGUCAAUUCGAAUCUGGAUAGAUGUCGAUUUUGGGAACCAAUUCUAUUCCCAGAUGAUCCUUAUGAUCAUUAUCACCGAUGAUUAUUUGAUUGAAUGAUUAGCAAUAAUUUAUAACAAUUUUACUCGCAAUUGAUUUGUAUGAUUUGUAUGACUUUGAAACUGAAAUUGUGUGUGCUUCAUUACACGUAACUAUUUUUAUUUUGAUUGUGUGUGUUGUUGCUCAGGUGAACGGCCAUUUCGAUGCGAUUUCAGUGAUUGUGGCAAAUCAUUUACGCGCAACGAAG